GGAUAUUUUUCGUUUGGGAGUCCUUGAAGGCAUCACUUGGGCUUUAAUCUUGUGAUGCUCAAAAUUUAAUAUAAUACAGUAGUGUGAAGAAAUUCAGCCUGUGAGCAAUUAAAGUUACUCUGCUAAAGAUGACUGUAUUGUAUUUCUAUAAUUUCAACUACCAAGCAGUUAAUGAAGCAGUUAAAGAUGCAGCUGAGGGAUAUUUGUCAGUAAUAAUCCAAUAUUUUUAAUAUGAUAUCAAAAAAACAUGAUCAUAAAACACUUAAAUCCUAUUUUAACGUUUGAAAGACUCACUUAAACACUCUUCACUGGUAAUUCACGACACUGAUUCCAUGAUGUUCAGAUGAAUAUUCUGUAUAUUUAUUCCUCUAAUCGUCUUAAGUCCUAUUUUCUAAAACAAUACUCUAUUUAUUUGGUUAAUUUGCCAGAACAAUCUGCAGUUCAUCUCCUCUAAUUUCUGCUUCAUUAUAACAGAUUAUUAAUUGAUGUUAAUUGAUGCUUUGUUUUAAAGACAGUCCCGCGUUGUUUCCUCUGAUAAUCGUCUGAACAAUCACGUCUACAGUCGCCAGCAGACUAUCUGUUGUUGUAUCUCGGUCUAAAUCUCAUUAACGAGUCUCUCUCCACACUGACACCGCGCUCAUCCAAUGGCUGUGUGGAAUCCACCGACUGUCCAAUGGCGGCCCGGUGUGAGCUGACGCCGUGCGCCUAUUGGCGGAGAGAGUGCCGUGUGGGUUCAGUCUGCCGAUGCCUUUCCUCCGGUCAAGGUUGGACUCGCAGUGAUCGCGGUAGGACGCGACUGGAGCGACGUUUACGCACCGACAGAGCAGCAGCCCGACCAGCCGAGACUCCGCUGUAACUUCUGCCUGAUUGUGUUUUCGGGGGAAAAUCUCUCAGCUCGCACCUGGCAGCCAUGGAUGAAAUGGAGGAAGAGUUAAAAUGCCCCGUUUGCGGCUCUUUUUUCCGGGAGCCCAUCAUCCUGCCGUGCUCCCACAACAUUUGCCUGGCUUGUGCUCGGAAUAUCCUUGUGCAGACCCCCGACGCCGAGUCCCCGCAGAGCAGCCGAGCCUCCGGAUCCGGCGUCUCCGACUAUGACUACCUGGAUUUGGAUAAAAUGAGUUUGUACAGUGAGGCGGACAGUGGAUACGGCUCCUAUGGGGGCUUCGUGAGCGCUCCCACCACCCCGUGCCAAAAAUCACCGAACGGGGUGCGAGUUUUCCCCCCGACCGUCCCCCAGCCUCCUCCGCAGCAGCAGCACCUGCUCCCGCAGCCCGGCUCUUUGCCCCCGAUCCCCCGCAACUCCUGCAUCACCUGCCCGCAGUGUCACCGCAGCCUGAUCCUGGACGACCGGGGGCUCCGCGGAUUCCCCAAGAACCGGGUGCUGGAGGGGGUCGUGGACAGGUACCAGCAGAGCAAAGCGGCCGCGCUCAAGUGUCAGCUGUGCGAGAAGAGUCCGAAGGAGGCCACGGUGAUGUGCGAGCAGUGCGACGUCUUCUACUGUGACCCGUGCCGCCUGCGGUGCCAUCCUCCCCGCGGUCCCCUCGCCAAGCAUCGCCUGGUUCCGCCGGCGCAGGGGCGGAUAAGUCGCCGCGCAAGCCCCCGCAAAAUCUCCACUUGCACAGAGCACGAACUGGAGAAUCUAAGCAUGUACUGUGUGCAGUGUAAGACGCCCGUGUGUUAUCAGUGCCUGGAGGAGGGGAAACACGGCACGCAUGAAGUGAAAGCUUUGGGCGCGAUGUGGAAACUGCACAAGGGUCAGCUGUCUCAGGCGCUCAACGGCCUGUCAGACCGAGCCACCGAAGCCAAGGAGUUCCUGGUCCAGCUGAGGAACAGCGUGCAGCACAUCCAGGAGAACGGCGUGGAGUUCGAGGCCUGUCUGGUGGCGCAGUGCGACGCCCUCAUCGACGCCUUGAACCGACGCAAGGCCCAGCUGCUGGCCCGGGUCAACAAGGAGCACGAACACAAACUGAAGGUCGUCCGGGAUCAGAUCUCGCACUGUACGGUGAAGCUGCGUCAGACCACGGGACUGAUGGAGUACUGCCUGGAGGUCAUCAAGGAGAACGACCCCAGCGGAUUUCUGCAGAUCUCUGACGCUUUGAUCCGGAGGGUCCACAUGACGGAGGGCCAGUGGGGGAAGGGGACCCUCACCCCCAGGAUGACCAGCGACUUUGACCUCACUCUGGACAGUGGACCCCUCCUGCAGACGAUCCACCAGCUGGACUUUGUCCAGAUGAAAGUCCCAGCUGCUCCGAUGCUCCAACUGGAGGAAUGCUGCACUCAGAACAACAGCGCCACGUUGUCAUGGAAACAGCCGCCGCUCUCCACCAUCACCGUGGACGGGUACAUCCUGGAGCUGGACGACGGGAACGGGGGUCCGUUCAGGGAAGUGUACGUGGGGACGGAGACCAUCUGCACGGUGGACGGGCUCCACUUCAACAGCACGUACAAGUCCAGAGUGAAGGCCUUCAACGCCAGCGGAGUGGGCCAGUACAGCAAGACCCUGAUCAUGCAGACCUCUGAGAUCGCCUGGUUCACCUUCGACCCCGCCUCCGCUCACCCGGACAUCAUCCUCUCCAACGACAACCUGACGGUGACGUGCAACAGCUACGACGACAGGGUGGUGCUGGGCAACUCCGCUUUCUCCCGCGGCGUUCAUUACUGGGAAAUGACCAUCGACCGCUACGACAACCACCCGGACCCGGCCUUCGGGAUCGCCCGGGGUGACGUCCUGAAGGACGUGAUGCUGGGGAAGGACGACAAGGCCUGGGCCAUGUACGUGGACAACAACCGCUCCUGGUUCAUGCACAACAACUCGCACACCAACAGGACGGACGGCGGCAUCAGCAAAGGUUCUACGAUCGGGGUCCUGCUGGACUUCUCGCGCGGGAUCGUCAUCUUCCUCAUCAACGAUGAGCAGCAGGGUCCGGUGGCUUUCGAAGGCUUGGAGGGCGUCUACUACCCGGCCAUCAGCAUCAACCGAAAUGUCCAGGUUACACUGCACACUGGACUACCCAUCCCUGAUUUCUACACUCCGGGGGAGGCAGAUCCCGCUGGCUCUGUGUGCUGAAGACUGACAACCACCUACACCCGGCUGGGGAAAACCUCUCCAGGAUUUCCCAGGGUGCAUCCUGCCAGUCAAUAAACUAUGACCCCACUCUCUCCCUCCCCACCUCCUCUUGUCCCCCUGACCGACUGACCCCACGACUCUCUGUAACAGGCCCCAUCCAGCGCUGAGCCAUGCCGACACCAUGCCUAAACCUUGGACACAUGGACCAUCCGCAGGACAAUGUCAGAAUGUACAGCGCUUUGCAAUCUGUACCUGGUGUUUUGACAUACCGAUAGUGGAGGAGGGUGGAGAAUAAUUAUGAUCUCAAGCUGACGGACUUGAAAUUAUGUGUCGUGAUCAUAAUAUGUGCUUAAAGGUGCAAAAUGUAAGAACUGACCACCAACUCCAAACAUACAGGGGACGGCAAAUCACCAGAGUAACUGCUACCUGCUGCUAGCUGUGUUCUGUUCAUGGGCUACAUCCAUGACUGUAGCUACUGUUAGCUUGUUAGCUCAGUUAGCCGUGCAGCUAGUGGGACCAGUGGCGGAGUGCUGGUGGAGCAUUGGACCGCUGGGAGAAAGAGGUUUUUGGUCCCAGGGCUGACUGAUUAGCAUGCUAACGUCAGUAGAUAUCUCUGCAACACGAAACAAAAAUAUCUUUGACAUAUUUCAUUUUGUUAAUAAUUUUAGUUCAUGUUUGAGUGUUUGAAACUGAAUAUUUCUAGGGGAAUGACACCAUUCCCAUGUCUGUAUCUAAAAUAUGAAGCAACCCGUUAGCGGUCAGUUCGCUUAGCUUAGCAUAAAGAUAGGAAACAGCUAGUCUGGCUCUGUCUCAAGGUAUAAAAUGUGUCUACCAACACCUCAAAAGCUGAAUUAUUAAACAUGCAUAUCUAAUUUGUUUAAAAUGUACAAAUGUUCUGGUUUUACAAGCACAAAGAAAAGUAUAUGUAGGUGCCGACAGGCCCAUUUUGUUACCUUAGCAUGCACCUGGCUAGCUGUUUCCCCUUGUUUCAAGUCAUUAAGCUAAGCUAAACAAACCACCUGAUGGAUGUAGCUUCAUAUUAAGCAUAAAGCCAUUAAAGAGGUGUCGCUCCUCUUAUCAAAACUCUCAGCAUUAAAGAAAGAAGCACAUUUCCUAAAAGGAAAUACGUUUUUUUUUUUUUUUGUAAAAAAAGUAGCCAACUUUCAGUUCACUAUAUCUUAUCCUUUCUUGCAAAACACAACAUUCUCUACAUUUCUGUUCCUGCUGUGAUCCCUUACACAUUUAAGUCAUCAGGGGGUCAUGAGAGAUGGUCUUGUAUGGGAGGGGUGGGGGGGGGUUGAGACGGGUCAGCAGCCACAACGAUCCCUGGACAAGAGCAAUAGUCCGACUCUCAGCCGCCUCACUGUCGUAUUCUCGUCCGUGUACAUGAGACGCUUUUCAUAGUGGCUUAGCUCAUGUGACCCUUCUGUAUCGUCUUUAAAAAAAAAAAAGUACUAAUAAUACAGCAUCAGCGUGUUAUAUGCUACUGGAAGCGAGGCCUUAGCGCAGCCUUUCUCUGUGGUGCAGCUCUACAAAAACCGAUGGGGCAGGUUUUUGGUUCUAAUGUAUCAUAAAAGCUUAGAUUCUGUGUAUUGAUGAGUGUUGAAAAGUGGGUUAAAGACUGUGAAGCUUCUUGAAUAAGGUGCUACAGCAGCUCGCUUCAUUCUGGCUUUUUUUACCGUAGGUGACUGAAUCCUGGUAGUUUUGUAACAUUGUUAUUGAAAUGAUCUAUCGCAGAGAGGUGUGUAUAGCUAAAUAAGUUAUUGAUGUUCAGAGUUUUUCAAUGAGAAUUCUUCAUUGUUCCUUUAUUUGAUGUAUAGUUAUUACCGGAAGAACGAAACUGAAUCUUUUUUGUCGCUUUAAAAAAAAAAGAGAAAAAAAAUGUAGUUUUGGAGUUUGUUCAUGAACCGAAGAGGCUUUUACAGUAAUCGCGAGAACAAGUUUAUGUCCUGCUAAAGCAACAGGAAAGGUGAUGAUGCACUGGGAUGUUUCUGUCACAUCGAAUUUGGGCAACAGCCUCCUCAACAUGCAACAACAUGAAACAGGAUGUUUUUCCAAGGCUAAGCCAUGCCAGCAGUGCACGAGGUACAGCAGUGCUUUGAGCUGCUAACGCUAAUACUAGCAUGCUAACAUGCUUACAUUGAAAUCGCUAAAAUUGUUCAUGUUUUGCAGGUGUAAUCUCUACCAUGUUCACCUUCGUACUUUAGCAUGCUAACAAAUGCUAAUAAAUGUACCCAAAAGGCAUUUUGCAACCUGAAAAAAAAUGUAGCGGAGUAAAAUAAGUACAGUAUGCUUGAAAAAUGUGGAGUAAAAGUAUAAAGCACCAGAAAAUUGUGCUGUACUAGUGCGAACAUGGUUAUGGCUAAUAUCAAGCAUGAAUAAAGGUUACUAUUAAUAUUCCACUUAGCCUGUUAGCAUGCUAACAUUUGCUAGUUAGCACAAAGCUCAACUGAGGCUGACGGGAAGGUCUGUAGUCUCAGAAGAAACCAAAGUAUUGGACAAAUUAAAGUGUUUUGUCCUCACAAAUUAAGUCAUCACCAAAGUCACUACAGUGAAUCCUGAGGGGAACAUGAAUGUCUUUACCAAACUUCACAGCGAUCCAUCCAACAGCUGUUGAGACAUCUAGAUAAAAAAACACAAAUGUGAACUUCAGGAUGGUGCUUGGUGCAAAAGUCAUCAGGAUUCAUCCUGUCAGUACAGCAUUAUAUGCCAAUCCAAGAAGUAGGAAUUGAGAUAGUGUUGAUAUUGUUAUAGUUGAUAAGCUGCUGGCAUGGCUAAAAAUGUUUUCUGGUAACAGGAACUUAAAGCCAAAAUGUUCGAGGAAGUUGUCGCACCUCAAGUUGCCCUAAAAUCGUUCCCAGUGCAUCACCGCUCUGAGACGUACGGUAAACGUGUCUAGCAUUCACAUGAGGUGCUAUCCUGUGUUUCAGCUUCAUGGGUGUGCCUUUUCCCUCCUUCACUACCCAAAAGAUUUACUAAAAACUUUGCUACAAACUAGAUUCAUCGCUUCAGCAGAGUCGACUGUAACAUCUGUGAUGCCUGACUUCACCUGCUGCUACGUAUUUUUUUUUCUAUCAGCAAAAGUGCAAACUCAACAGUAGUCAUGUUUGUUAUUGAUACAACAACCGCAGUAUUGAAGGGAGCGUUACAGUCUGGUAUGACAACUUUUCUAACACCUUUCUUUCCUCUCUCGUCCCUCCGGGGAGUAUUGAUUGUGAAUCCUCUGGGACUGAUGGCUGCUCACUUGGAUGCUAAAAUGGAUGCUAACAGUGACCUAUAUAGAUUUCAGUAUGUUAUGUGCAUGUGUGCUGACGAUGAUAAACAAAAACCAGACCACUGCAGUGAUCAGCACGUUGCACGGCCUUUCCUGCAAGGCUGGAUUCAAGCUUCGAUUUAUGCAACAUUUAAUUGGUGUUUUUUUUUUUUCCAAGGUGAGCCUUUUGUCCGGCCGUAAUUAUAAUACGAGACCACAAAAGCGGCUCAUUCAGCCGAGGGUCACUGAGAGAGCCGGAGCUUCUUUUGACUCAUGCUGAGACAAGAGCAGCCUUUAUCACAGCGUUACACAACCUCAGAUUCCAGGACAAAUAAACAAAAUGGCUUUAAUUCAGCAAAAACAGUUCAUUAAAGGGAUUUUUCCUUAUGUCCGAGAGAAGCUGACACACACUUUAGUUUACAAAUUCAUCCUCUCAUGAGUGAGUAUGUGAAGUUAACCGAACUUCUCUGACGGAAAAACAACAUUUCUGACGUUAAAACUGUGUGAUUGUAACAUUUAUUUGUUUCUAAACCAGCCAAAUACACUUAAAUGAUAUCGAACUAGAGACCCGGGGAUGAUUUUAAAGUCUAUGAUACAGCCUCGUCAAACUUUUAUUAAUUAUUAAAAAUGUACUCACAGUCGCUGGGCGACACUGGGUGCUACAUCUCCAAAUGUACAUACAUAUAUGUGUGUGUGUGUGUGUGAGUGUGUGAGGGUGUGUGUUACCUGCAUUAUAACCUCAUUUUAACUCCAAAGUGAUUCUUUUUAUUUGCCCUGUUUGAUCCGCGGUGGAAUGUCAUCACUCGAUAUUAUUAUUUUACAGUGAAACUGAAAUAUGUCUAUGGAAGAAUUUUAUGAAUAUAAAAUGAACGUGGCUACGACUAUGAUUUUAACACGGUAUGAUUAUUAUGGUUGUUAUGAUUAUAUGUCUUACCAUUACCAUAUUACUGCUAUUAUUAUGAUGAUCUGAAGUGUAAUAUGAGCCUCUGUGUUUUUGUAUGUGUGAAUAUUCAAUAAAUAGGUGUCAACAAGG